ACUCGUUAUUCUGCAGGUUCAGACCGCGUAGGGCUUGUUCUUCUUCUUCUUCCAGUGCAUUCACUCUUUGUUGCCCUGCAAUGAGAAAUACAAACUCACAUUAUUAAUGUUGCAUGUAAUGAUUUUUAUCACCGUUACACCUUCGUAACUUCAUUAUGGCGGCAAGAAUUAAUCGUAGACGAACCAAUCACACUUAAGUAUCAGCUGUUUACGGUUAAGUGUACCGAUUUCAUAUCUAUAUAUUCACUUAAAGAAAGUGCGUAGUCAUAUUUUUCAACAAUGCAGACCGAAAAAAAGAAGGUUGAGGUACCUCCUACUAUGAAGUUUAUAUUGGGUGGAACUUCUGGAAUGUGUGCUUCUGUUUGCGUUCAACCUUUGGACCUUGUCAAAAAUAGGAUGCAAAUGAGCGGUAUCGGAAGUGCUACUUCUGGUCAACGUAAUAGUCUUCAGGUGCUUCUAUCAGUUAUUAAAAAUGAAGGAUUUUUUGCAAUAUACUCAGGUUUAUCAGCUGGAUUACUUCGUCAAGCCACCUACUCAACUGCACGUUUAGGCAUCUAUACAAAUUUAUUUGAACAAUAUACAAAGCGUAAAAAAGAAUCUCCAAAUUUCUUCACUAAAAUAAGUAUAGCUGUAACUGCUGGGAUAUGCGGCGCAUUCAUUGGUACACCAGCUGAAAUUUGUCUUAUCCGUAUGACAUCCGAUGGCAGAUUACCACCAGCAGAACGUCUCAAUUAUUCCAAUGUAUUCAAUGCUCUAACAAGAAUCGCUCGUGAAGAAGGAGUGUUAACAUUGUGGCGGGGUGCAGUCCCAACUAUGGGUCGAGCAGCUGUAGUUAAUGGUGCACAAUUAGCCACUUAUUCUCAAGCCAAACAAAAAUUUAUUGAAAUCGGUCAUUUCACUGAUGGCUUGGGUGUACAUAUAAUGGCUAGUUUAUUAAGUGGAUUUACUACAUCUGUUUUCUCUUUACCAAUUGAUAUUGCUAAGACCAGAAUUCAAAAUAUGAAAACUAUUGAUGGAAAACCAGAGUAUAAAAAUAUGGGGGAUGUUAUUUUACGAGUAAUACGAAAUGAAGGUAUUCCAUCAUUAUGGAAAGGUUUUACACCAUAUUUCUUACGUAUUGGACCUCAUACAGUAUUGACAUUUAUCUUUUUAGAACAAUUAAAUCGUUUAUAUAUAAAACAUAUAAUAGGUGAUACAAGUGGUCAACGUUCCGGUGGACUUUAGAAACUAGUCAAUUCUUCACUAUUCUUAUUAUAUUUUCUUUUCUCUUAUCAACUUUUUAUUUAUUUAAACAAAUAAAUCUUUAUUAUGUGUUUCUCAAAAAUCGAUUAAAGCGAUAACAUUCCUUAUUGUAUAUAAUUUGUGUAUGCUCUAUUUUUACCAUCUAUACAUAGGGAAUUAUACAUGUAUGUAUGUGUAUUGCAUAGUUACUUUUGAGUUUCCUAAUAGUCUUUUAUUGUUUUCACUUCAAAAUUUUGAUUGAAAUAAUUAUCUUAGAUGAUAUUUAAAUGUUACAACGGUUCAAUUUACCUAUCGAAAUUUUGUGUUUAUGAAAUUCAUUUUACUUUAAUUUCUAAUUCAAUGUUUAAUUUUUAUUCUAUCUCUGUGUAAGUGCAUAUAAUACAACUGAUUGUGGACUAUU